AUGAGUUCCUUCCAGAACGGAGCGCCCCGCGCUCGCGACGACGACAGCGACGUUGAGGAGGAGGUCCUUGUUGCCGAGUACAAGGAACAGCAACAACAAUAUGAGGAUGGUCUCGACGAUAUUGACCAGAGCUCUGUUGGCAUGGCCCAGCAGCCUGAUGAUAUCCAAGCUCGCCUUGCCGCCGCCGCCCAGCCCCUCGACUACUCCGCGACUCUCGACGUAAAGUUUCAGAGCUACGAUGCGUACUGCAGUCUUUUCCACUUCAUCCUCAACUCCGAGGGUCCCGUUGACCUCGAGCCCCCCUCGUACUACUGGGCGUGGGACGUCAUCGACGAGUUCAUCUACCAGUUCAACUCCUUCUCCUCCUAUCGUAUGCGAAUCGCUAGGCAAGCCUCGUCCUCGUCUUCGAACGAAGAGGAAAUCCAACUCCUCCGCGACAACCCCAACACUUGGGGCUGCUACAGCGUCCUCAACGUCCUCUACUCCCUCAUCCAACGAUCCCAGAUCACCGAGCAGCUCGCGGCGAUGAAGCGAAACGAGGACCCCGCCCAGUUCGCUGGAGAGUAUGGCUCCAAGAACAUGUAUAAGAUGCUGGGUUAUUUCUCCAUUAUCGGCCUUCUCCGAGUCCACUGUCUGCUCGGAGAUUUCGGUCUUGCCCUCAAGACCCUGGACGAUAUCGAGCUCAACAAGAAGGCCAUGUUCGCCAGGGUCAUGGCCGCUCACUUCACAACGUACUACUACGUUGGUUUUUCUUACAUGAUGAUGCGUCGCUAUGCCGAUGCCAUCCGCAUGUUCAGCCACAUUCUCAUCUAUGUGUCUCGAACCAAGAACUUCCACAAGAAUGCUCAGUAUGAUAGCAUCACCAAGAAGAACGAGCAGAUGUACGCUCUCAUCGCCAUCUGCGUCGCCUUCCACCCCACUCGUCUCGACGACACCAUCCACACCGCUCUCCGCGAGAAGUACGGUGAUCAGCUUCUCAAGCUUCAGCGUGGAGGUCCCGAGUCCCUCCCCAUCUUCGAGGAGCUCUUCAAGGCUGCUUGCCCCAAGUUCAUCUCCCCCGUUCCUCCGGAUUUCGACAAGCCGGAGUCCAACAUUGACCCCAUCGAGCACCACUUGGCCAUCUUCAUGGAGGAGGUCAAGACCAACAUGUGGAGCCCCACCGUCAAGUCUUAUCUCCGCCUUUACACCACCAUGGACUUAAACAAGCUCUCCGGUUUCCUUGAGGUUAAGCCCGACGAGCUUCGAUCCUGGCUCCUUGUCAACAAGCAGCGAACCAAGCAGCUUCGCUGGAACGACAACAGCUUGUUGGAUGGCGACUUGGUCAACGUCAGCGACCUCGACUACGCCAUGCAGGGUGAUCUUAUCCACAUCUCGGAGGCCAAGGUUGGCAGGAAGCUAGUAGACUGGUAUCUUCGCAACCUCUCCAGGACAUACAACUAA